CGCUACAAAAUGGAUAAAAUAUGAGACAUUGGCGCCAGAUAAAGUCAAUGCCUAAUUGCAACUUCACCUUCAGCACUCGAGACCCCGAAAGAAACCUAGUCGUCCAUUGAUUUGGGAGAGAAAAUUAGAAACAGAUUGGAUAUGGUUAGAGAAUGGCGAGAGGCAAUUAGUGGGUAUGGAAGAGAAGGCGGUGACGGCGGCAGAAUUGGAAGCCACGAAGCUUUACUCUUAUGGUGGGCUGCACUAAUCACUCUAUCUAUCAUUACAGCUAUCAUCUUCUCAUGUGCCGGCGGUGCCACCGAAGGUAAAGGCUCAAAUACUCACGGUUCAACAGGCGGAACUGGGUGCGGAGCUGGGUGCGGAGGUGGGUGCGGUGGAUGACUUUCAUCUCCUCCGCCUGCCGCGUUCAUUCUCAUACAAGCUUGAGAUAGAAGUGAAUUAAGAGACAAAUAUCAAUAGAACAGUAGAAACUUCUGUUUCUUGACCAUUUGAUACCCAAAUAUUUAUUUAGUUGUGCUUUUGUAUAGAUAUAACAGUCCCUUGCAUAUAGAAUUGUAGUCCGACUGUAAGUUUCAAUUAUAUAGGUACAACAGUCCCUUACAUAUAGAAUUUUAGUCCCUUGCACAAGUAAGAUAUUUUUUUAAGUUUCAGGAUCACUUGGAUUGCCUUCAAUUUGAAGAACAUACAAGUUUCGUCCAUGUAUGUAAUUCCAUCUGCCAUUACUAUAAUAAAAAUUGCAUAUUAUCUAUA